CUUGUUCAGACCGAAUGUCUUAUGUUUAAUCCAAACUGCUUAGCCAUACUUUCGGUACUCUAUUUACCCCAUACAUUUUCCAUUCAUUAAAUUAUUAACAGCCAUGUGGUCAUGUGCGAUACCCUGGUUACAUUUCAAUUUACGUAUAUAAUGUGAUACAUUGUUUUGGUGGUUCCGUAGUUGACUUGCCGAAUUAUCAUGCUAACGACAGGAGUUUACCUUAACUGUAUGGUUUUGCUCUAAUUAGUAAUUUUUGUCCCAUUGUAUUUAAUUGUAGCUUCAUUAUUUACAUUACAGAAAUAUGCAUCAUUUCUUGCCACAAAUCACUGUGUUUAGUUCUUAUUCAUUAAUCCACCCUUAGAUGUUUCUUUUAAAAUCUUUAUUUACUGAAUAUUGUUGUGUUCUGUAUGUUAACAAUUUUAUUUCCAGGUGAUAUGGAACAGUCUUUGCGGGAGCUCAGGUUAGAAAAUGGCAGUCGUGAAAGUAAUUACGGAUAUGUUUACGCUGUGUCAGGUCCUGUUGUCACCGCAUCAUCCAUGGCUGGUUCUGCUAUGUACGAGUUAGUUCGUGUUGGACAUGAUGAAUUGGUUGGAGAAAUUAUUCGUUUGGAAGGUGAUCUGGCCACUAUUCAGGUGUAUGAAGAAACAUCUGGUGUAACUGUAGGUGAUCCUGUCCUUAGAACUGGUAAACCUUUAUCAGUUGAACUUGGACCUGGGAUUGUCAACAAUAUUUUCGACGGUAUUCAACGCCCUUUAAAAGGCAUUUGUGAUCUAACUAGUUCGAUAUAUAUUCCUAGGGGUGUAAAUGUUCCUGCAUUAGAUCGUAAAGUGGAAUGGGAAUUUAUUCCGACGCCAGGUUUAAAGCCUGGAAUGCAUAUAACUGGUGGAGAUAUUUAUGGUAUAGUGCCUGAAAAUACUUUAGUUCAACAUCGAAUCAUGCUUUCACCUAAAGCCCAAGGUACAGUGAGAUGGAUUGCUCCGACUGGACAUUACACAUUAUCGGAUAAAAUAUUGGAAAUAGAAUUCGAUGGACAAAUCAGCCAGCAUACUAUGUUACAAGUAUGGCCAGUACGUCAACCUCGUCCAGUAGCUGAAAAACUACCUGGUAAUCAUCCACUUUUAACUGGCCAACGAAUUUUGGACGCUUUAUUUCCAUGUGUUCAAGGAGGAACUACUGCAAUUCCUGGAGCAUUUGGUUGUGGUAAAACUGUUAUUUCUCAAUCAUUAUCAAAAUACUCUAAUUCGGAUAUUAUUGUUUAUGUUGGUUGUGGUGAACGUGGCAAUGAAAUGUCAGAAGUUUUGCGUGAUUUCCCAGAGUUAACAGUUGAAGUUAAUGGAAAACAAGAAUCAAUUAUGCAACGUACAGCUCUUGUAGCAAAUACAUCUAAUAUGCCUGUAGCUGCUCGUGAAGCAUCAAUUUAUACAGGGAUUACAUUGUCAGAAUAUUUUCGUGAUAUGGGUUAUAAUGUUAGUAUGAUGGCUGAUUCAACUAGUCGUUGGGCUGAAGCACUACGUGAAAUCUCUGGUCGAUUAGCUGAAAUGCCUGCAGAUUCCGGUUAUCCAGCUUAUUUAGGUGCACGUCUUGCAAGCUUUUAUGAACGUGCUGGUCGUGUACAUUGUCUUGGUGGUCCAGAUUUACGUUAUGGAUCAGUUGGUAUUGUCGGUGCUGUAUCUCCACCUGGUGGUGAUUUUGCUGAUCCUGUCACAUCAGCCACAUUGAGUAUUGUACAGGUAUUUUGGGGAUUAGAUAAGAAACUAGCUCAACGUAAACACUUUCCUAGUGUUAAUUGGCUUAUAUCCUAUUCAAAAUACUUACGUGUACUGGAUGAUUAUUUUGAUCGAAAUUUUCCAGAAUUUGUUUCAUUAAGAACUAAAAUGCAAGAAAUUUUACAAGAAGAAGAAGAAUUAUCUGAAAUUGUACAAUUAGUUGGUAAGGCAUCUCUAGCAGAAGCAGAUAAAAUUACACUAGAAGUUGCACGUAUUAUUAAAGAUGAUUUCCUUCAACAAAAUGGUUAUUCAUCGUAUGAUAGAUUUUGUCCAUUUUAUAAAACUGUUGGCAUGAUGAAAAAUAUUAUCGCUUUCUAUGAUCAAGCUAGACAUGCUGUUGAAGUAACUGCUCAAUCUGAUCGCCGUGUUACAUGGGCAUUGAUACGUGAAGCUAUGGGUCAAACAAUUUAUAAAAUUUCUAGUAUGAAAUUUAAAGAUCCUUCAGCUGAUGGAAAGGAUAAAAUACUACGAGACUAUGAUGAAUUAUAUGAAGAGAUAUCAUCUGGUUUUAGAAAUCUAGAGGAUUUAUAA